AUGGCGGCCUCCAGGUUGACUUCGCGGCGAAAUGUUGGUGUGAUUUUACAAUCCAAACAGUUUAGAAAACUUCUUUUUGGAAAAGCAAGAUUAGCAUCGACGCAUGAKAAUCCGUUUGGCAUUCAAGGACAGAGUACACAGGCAUCCCAACCCAGGAAGUCAAGAGGUCUUCCAAAGAAAUGGCCAAUAGGUGGUGUGAAGCAUGUUGUACUGGUGGCAUCAGGAAAAGGUGGUGUUGGCAAGUCUACUUGUGCUGUGAACCUUGCUCUUUCCAUGCUGUCUAGCAAAAAGAAUGUGACUGUUGGUCUUCUUGAUGCUGAUGUCUAUGGACCAUCCAUACCAACCAUGAUGAACUUGAAGGGACAACCAGAACUUAAUCAAAAAAAUCAAAUGAAGCCCCUGAUUAAUUUUGGUCUCCCUUGCAUGUCCAUGGGGUUUCUGGUUGACGAUGGAGCUGCCAUAGUUUGGAGAGGACUUAUGGUAAUGUCAGCUAUUGAAAAGCUCCUUCGUCAAGUAGCUUGGGGUCCUCUUGAUGUCUUGUUGAUUGACAUGCCACCAGGAACUGGCGACACCCAGCUGUCCAUAUCACAACUUAUCCCAGUGUCAGGCGCAGUGAUAGUUACUACUCCUCAGGACAUUGCUCUUAUUGAUGCAAGGAGAGGUGCAGAGAUGUUUAAGAAAGUUGAUAUACCGGUCCUAGGACUUAUACAGAACAUGAGCCAUUACGUUUGUCCAAACUGCCAACAUAYAUCUUAUAUCUUUGGUCAUGAUGGAGCCAAAACAGUAGCUCAGGAUUUUGGAAUAGAGAUAUUAGGAAAUAUCCCYCUGGAUAUUCAAAUCAGGGAAACAUCUGAUCAUGGUCGACCAAUAGUGGUCUCUCAGCCAUCAAGCCCCCAGGCUAAAGCAUACAUGGAAAUUGCUGAUAGAAUUUUAGAGAUGUUGCCUAGCUAGUAAUUAGCUGUAAGAGUGUCGUCUUUAAUGAGGACAAACUAUAAGUCCCAAUAUGAAAUGAAAGACCCCCAGGGAUGCCAAUGAUGCAAUAAUUAUUGGUGCAAUGAAUGCCAGAACCAUGYAGUCCAGAACUGGUCAGAUGGCAAGAAAAUCUUCAUGUACAGGUACCUGGUACAAUAUAUCUCAUGGAGAACAGUCAUUGGGCAUGAUUACUGCUGUGCGUAUUGCGGCAUGAACUGAACAAAAGAAAUUCCUCUGAUGAAUUCCAAUAUAAUUGUUUUAACAAUUAUUAAUUAAUUAAAAUUAGCAUAUGCACCAAAUACACACAAAUGAUAAUUGUCAUUAAAACUUAAUAUAUCUCUG